CGAUCGACAGUCGUUGUUAAACAUCUUGAGUACAAACAGGUUUUCAAAAUGCACCAGAGAAUAUUAAUUGCCAGUUCGCUGUUUGCGGUUUUUGCAUUAUGCAAUUGCAUUGUUCAUCCAAAACCAGCCCCCAAAUACUCAAGAGACUUUACCUUUCCCACAGAAGCGACGCCAACUCGCCCCCAGUUGCCAGUGUGGCAAUGGCCUUUCCUUGACGAGACGAAUCAUCGUGCAAAGCGUCAGGUGGAGAUGACCAACGAAGACGAACAGUUGAACAGAUGCGACGAAUAUUUGGGCCACGGGCCCUACACGCAUCCACGUCUGCUAUUCAUCUGGUAUAAUAAGCCGGGAGGUCCAGUGGAAUAUCUGCGCAAGAUUAUAACAGACGAUCUGGAUUUGCCGCAUCUGGCUAACAGCAUAGAGAGAGUGAAAAUAGAGCCUAACAAAAUGCUGAUUGAGUUGUCGAAUCGUCUUCAGGCUUUCGAGGUGCUUCGCAGUUAUUGCCAGCUCUUUAGCCGCAAAGCUGGAUACCGUUCACAGGGAUAUGAGGAGAAACCUCUAAACUACGAAAUACUGCUGACGGAUCAAGACUUCAGUAAUGCUAACUAAACACAUACACACACACACACUCAAGUAUUAUUAGCAGUCAACUAGUCA